AUGAGAGUUAAAAAAGAAGAAAGUAAAAUAUUAUAUAAAGAAGAUAGAAUUCCAGAUUGUGAUUUGUGUGAUAUUAAAUAUUUUAGAUGUAAAGCAAAAAAAUGUACUCAAUGUUGUAAAUUAAAUAAAUAUAUUUUAUAUCCAUGUGAGAAUUGUAAAAAUAAAAAUAUUGAAUGUGAGUAUUCUAUAAUAAAAAGUGAAGAAGAAUUUAAUAGAUUUGAAAGGUUAGGUCUGUCUGCAUAUAUAGGACAAAUAGAACAAACUAAAACAGGAAAAACACAUGUCCAGGCUUAUUGUCAGUUUAAGAAAAAAACAAGUAUAGAUAAAUUAGGUAAAAUGUUUAAUAAUUAUACUUUAUCAUUUCCUGAUAAGAUGAAAGGUAAUGUGAAUUCAAAUAUAGAAUAUGCAUCAAAAUUAUAUAAUCGAUGUGAUAGACAUAAGAAACGUGAAUGUAAGUGUGAUUAUGAAAAUCUAAAUAAACAAUGUAGAGUUUGUAAUACAAAAUGUCUAGUAAGAAGUAAGAGUAGAAUAGAUGGAUUAAAUAUUGGACCUUUUAAAUUUGGAAAUUUUUGUGAAUUAGAAAAUGAGGAAGAGUUAGAGAUAGAAGAUAUGGAUAAUGUUGAAUUGAUAAGGGAAAAAAAUGGAAUAAUGCUUGAUGAUAUGAGACAAUUAAAAAGGAUUAGAGAUGAGCAGAUAUCACAUGAAGAUGUUAUAAUGAAUUCAGAGUAUCAACUGUUUUGGAGACCGAUUGUUUUUUAUUUAUAUGGACCAGGUGGAAGUAGAAAAACAGGACUUGUAAAUGAAUUAUUUGAAGACGAAUUUUAUGAGAUAGCAGAAAAAAAUAGAGGAGGAGCUACUUGA